UCUCGAGGCUUUUUGAAGGCGAGCGCCCAGUUCUCUAGCGCAGUGUGCGCCUUAUCUGCACACCGCGAGCUGCCGGCAAGUGACUCUACCUCUGAAUCUUCGCUUUCUGUUUCCGUCAAAGCCUCAAGAAAGGCUGCGAGAAACGCGGCUCUCUCUCACGCAGCGCCAAAACCGGGAAGCCCGACUCCGCGCCUCUUCUCCUGCGUCGCUCCGUUGUUCGAUUCUCCUCGGCGACUACGAAGCAGCACCCUGGAGAAGCGACCGCUCGCUGCCGUCUCUCGCUCUCACCUCGCUACUACGCGCAAGACACGAGGCGAGGAGAGAGAAGAAGAGGAGAAAAGAGAAGAAGAAGAAAAACGGAGAAGAGAGAAGGAGAUAUCGUAGAUAAGAUGUCUCUGGCCGGAAGAAAAACUCCCGAGGUCUGAAACCCAGGGAAGAAAAAGGGGAGAGAGCGGGGGAGCUUCGGCCCACUCUCGCUCGGCCAGAAGACAACCGCCUGGCGGGGGGUGUACAUACACCUGAGGGAAACUCCCGAGUCUUUCGGUUUUUCAGCUUGUGAGAAGCAAGUUUCUCGCAUUUCUCUCAGUUUUCGGACAAGACACACAGUGCUUCUUCGCCACCGACGUCUCGCACAGACCGAGGCGGAUCUGUACAGGAAACUCCCCUUAAAAACAAGGUUCUCCUGUUCGAUUCGACUCUCUGUCUUCCUCGCUUUCUCCCCAUUCAGCCUUCUUUUUCGCGAGAGAAACUGCAUGCGUUCUUGACUCAGACCAUCCAGAGCCUGGAUUCUCGCUUUCCUGGCUCCCUUUACGGUCUGUCUUCAUCCUCCUUGUCGUGAGGGGGAUGCUGCUCUCGGGCGUCGCCGCACCUUCUUCCUGGACGAGAAACGAAAUGUUCUUUCGUUGAAUUCAGGACGUCUCUCCUUCUAGUUUCUCGUCUUGUCUGUUCUCUCCUCGGUCGUUCCUUCGCCGCCGUCCUUGUCGCCGUAGCUCCCAUCUCUCAUCUGCGCGCAACUUUUCUUUCUCUCUUCCCAGUUUUGCCAUUUCUCCAGUCUUUCUCCCUCUCUCUUCCUCUGUGCUUCUUUUCUUUCUUUUGCUUCUUCUCCCUUGUUCUUGACCGCUCCUCGAGAGACAACACCAUUUCCCCGAGGACCGCGCGACACCAGCUUCCCCUCCCAACAUGGCAAACCCCACAAAAAACUCUUCUCUCUCUUCUUCUGCUUCUUCUUCUCUCUCUUCUUCUGCUUCUUCUUCUCUCUCUUCUUCUGCUUCUUCUUCUCUCUCUUCUUCUGCUUCUUCUUCUCCCUCUUCUUCUUCUUCUCCCUCUUCUUCUGCUUCUUCUUCUCUCUCUUCUUCUGCUUCUUCUGCCUCUUCUUCUUCUUCUCCCUCCUCGUCUUCCUUGCCGGAGCUCGGAGAGGCGAGAGCAAGCUUGAGUGAGCGAAACGAGAAGGAAGAGGAAGUGGGGAGGAGGACGAACACUCAACAUGCAGCGCCUUUAGAUGGAACGGAUGGGAGAGCAUUCCUGAGAGAGAAAAGAGAGAAAGACAGCGGCAGAGACGAGGCACCAGCCCCCCGAGAAGAGAGGGAAGCGCGCGCCGGAGUCCUGGUGUGUACAUGCAGACCCAACUGCGGCGGAACAGGAACUCCGGAGAGCGCGAGGACACUGUCGGCUCUCUCUGCUGCAUGCACUUGCAGAGGAGAAAGGGGGGAAGGUUUUCUGCCUGGGCGAGAGAAGAAGAAAGACGGAACACACGACGAAGGCGCAUCUCAGGGUGGAGGCCGCUUGCAGUUUUCCAGAGAUGCGAAAUACAGAGCAUGCCCCCUGGAGAGAAGAGGAGCGGCGGAAGAAGAAAAGACAGAACGCAUGCAGCAGCCCAAGAACCGGGAGAGGCUCGAGGCUGAGAAGCACAGAGACGGCGCGAGGGAGGGGACAGCGGGAGAAACGCGAUAUCGCAGGAGACACGAGGCGGACCUUGAGGAGAAGAACGACGCGACAGGGGCGACGAGAGAAGAAAUGAAAAAGAGAGUCUCACAGGCAGAGGCACAUACGGCGAGAAGAGAAUGUUAUAGAACGGCAGACAAGCAUGCAUCCAAGAACAGCCAUAUCUCCAGUUCAAACCCAAGUCUUCGACUCGCUUCUCAUUCUCAUUGUCCAUCUUCUUUUCGCUUCUCCUCCUCUCAUCUUUCUGGCUCUCGUUCUUCUUCCUCUUCUUCCUCUUCUUCCUCUUCUUCCUCUUCUCGUUCGUCUUCUCGUUCUUCUUCUUCUUCUUCCUCUUCUUCUUCCUUUGAUUCUUUCGCGGAGGUGGAGAUGCCUUCAGUUUACCAGCUGCCUCUGUUGCUGUUCUCCUGGGGUGUCUUGUGGUCUUGGAGGCCAGUUGGGCCGCCCAUCGUGGCUGUCGCCUGCGUUCUGCUCACGCGUCUCCAUCUCGUCUGGCUGAUUGCCCGCUGCCUGCAGAAUUGCUACUGUGCCCUUUCUCCAAUCAAGGCUCCUCAGAAAGCCACUGCUUCCGUUUCGCUGCGACCUGGCGGCUCUUCUUCUUUUUCCGAGAGGAGACAAGACGACACGGAAGCAACAGGCGACUUUCGUCGGUCUGUGCGUUCCAAAGACGCCGACUGCUCCCCCUCCUCUUCUCCGUUUUCUGCUUCCUCUUCUUGGUGCUCUGCUGUGUCUGGGGUCGGUCCGUCGGCGGCUCCGGCGCCUCUGCGAUUCGGGGUCUCUCUGCUUCUGUCGGUUGUCCUUCUUCUCACGUUCUUUCUCUGCAGCGCCUGCCAUCAUUUGCCAAGUUUCGGGGAGCAUCCUUUUCUCCCUGUUCCUCUUGAGGAAGGGCCGCUUUUGUCUCUCGGCCUGGCUCUCCAGUUCUUGAAGGCGCGACUCGACCAGCCUCUCUUUCUCUCGCCGUUCUCUUCUUCCCUCUCGGCGCUCUCUAGUGAGGCGUCUGAUGGGGUGUACGGACGCCUCACGCAUGCGGCUCGUUCGGACGCUUCCGCGGUCUCGGCUUUUUUCUCUUUGUUGAACACUUGGAUUUGGAGGCCGCUGCAUGCAGCCGUGGUCUCGCCCUUCCUUCGUUUUCUCGAUCCCAUCUCGAAUUCCUCUCUUUCUUCUUCUCUUUCUUCGUCUCUUUCUUCUUCCCUGUCUUCUUCUCUUUCUUCGUCUCUUUCUUCUCUCUCUUCCUUAUUUUCUCUGUUUCCUUUUUCCUCUGGAUGGAAUUCGUCUUCUUUAGUGUCUCCCUCUCCUCCUUCGUCUGCCGCUCCGCCGCCCGCUGCGGCGCUUCCUUCCUCUGUUUCGUUUCUUCCUUCUCUUGCUCCCGGUUCUUUUUCUUUCUUCUCGGCUUUCCCUUCCUUCGAGUCUCUGCUCGCGUCCUUCUCUGCGUCUCUGUCUUUCUGGCUCUCCGGUUUUCCUUCCUCUGCCGCGUCCCCCCCUCAGUCGCCAGCGAGCACUGUCUCGCCACCUUGGGCGGGCGUUUCUCCCUUUGCAGGUUUUUCCUUUGCCUCUGCGCCUGGCGCGCGAGUCUUGCCCCAGCCGUCGGCUCGCAGCGACUUCUCGGACUUCGCUGCUUCUCCACUCCAGGCGCUCUGUCUCCUCUUUUUCCUCUGGAUUCGUCAGCUGUUCCUUCUGUCUGCAUCCCUCGUUUCUGCCCUCUUCGCAGAAGUUCUCCCCGCCGCUGUGUCGUCCCUGACCUUCUUCCUGCCUUUCCCCGCCGUUUUCGCGGCCUCGCCGUCUGCUCGACUCUUCCUCUCUGCCUUCUCGCGCUUCUCUCACGACGCCCUUGUCGCCUUCCUCAGCGCCUUCGCAGGCUAUGCGUGUCUGGUCCGUCUGCCUCUUAUUUGUCUCAGUCUCUGCUCUCAGUUGCUCUCCCGCCUCCCCCCUUUUUCUCCGCUCCCCUCCCUCCGCUUGCCUCUUCGCAAGAAGCCAUGCGCGAUCGGAAACAGAGAACGAGGGAGAGAGCGUGAGAGAGAACAAAAGAGGGGAGAGCACGCUCGGCGAAAUGAGAGCGAGGAAAGGCGUUUCCAAACGGUGCGACGUCGAGGAAGAAGCGAGGAUGUGGAGAGGAAGGCGUCCCAAAGCAGACGCGACGAUGGAGGCAUUGACAACGACUAUCUUCCUCUUUCUUAUCUUGAAAACUGUGCGCAACACUUCCGUCCUCACCGCAGAACCGUUUCCUCUCGCCCCGUCCGAAUCGACAUGGAUUUCUACAUUUCCUUCUCUUCUUCUUCCUCUUCUUCUUCCUCUUCUUCCUCGUCGUUUUUCACUUCUUCUUUGGAUGCCCGGAGGUCGCUGGUCGGCUGCAGUGGCGUUGCAUGCGCCAGAUCAGGCCUGCGCUGUCUUCCGUCGCCGCAGCGUUCCCCUUCUUCUGAUCCUCGUUCUGCUGCGAGGAGCGAACGCGUCCGCGAGGACGUCAGCGAGGACUCUUUGCGCUCUCUCUUUGCGCCUCGCGUCCUCGUCUCGUCUGGCGCCUCCCUGCCGGAAGUGAUUGUGGCACUGUGCGCCUGCUACUGCUUCCUCUUCCCAGAUCGGAAUUUUGUGUUGUUUUUCUGUGCUGCCCUGGAACCGCUGCGUCUCCUGCUGCUCUCGCUGUACCUGCUGCUAUCUGCUACGCGGAUCGAACUUGCUCUGCUUCUCGACAGCGCUCCCCCCUUCUCAGGUAUCGUCUCUCUUCCAGCGCCUCUGCGCGUCAUCGAUCCCUCGGCCAUCGGCGCGGCCGCAGGCUCGCUCCUGCUUACGCUCCUCGCGUUGCGCUGGCAUUCGCCUUCGUCGCUUUCCGAGCACUCGCAAGCUGGCGACACAAACGCAGCAGCGGAAGCAGCUGAAGCGGUCGAGAAGGCGGCAUGCGUCGCAGAACGCCUCAGACCAAAAGACUGGUCUCGCCUGGCGCCCGGAGCUUUUCGAUCGUCAGCCGCCACUCCUCGAGUGUCUUCACUGAAGCCUUCUGUGGAGAUGCCUCUGCCUCGCGUUGCCGAGUUUGUCGCGGCAUUGGACGCGACACAGAAACGGCUGCAGAAAGGAAUUUCUCUGUCGACAGAGAGGACGGACAUGGUCGCGCUGACGGAAAAGAAAGACUUGCGACGAGGGGGCAGAACUGAAAAGACAGUCGCAGAUACUCGACCUCUCCAACUCUGUCGUGAGACGAACCUGAAAACGCCUCCGAGUCUUGGUACUCACUCUUCAUCCUCUCCUCUCUCUGCAUCUUCACCAUCGUCUUCUUCUUCGUCAUCAUCAUCUUCUUCUUCGCCUCUUUCUUCAUCGUCUUGUGCAGCGUCUUCUUCUUCAUCUUCUGCUGCUCCUCUCUCUUCACCAUCGUCUUCUUCGUCUUCUGUUGCUCGUCUGUCUCCGCCAUCUUCGUCGAGUGCGUCUCCUUCGUUUUCGCUGCACCAUCCGCUCUCCGAGUUGCGUCGCCGAGACGAGCUCGAUGCCUCGACAGUGCCUGCGAAGUCGCAGGAGCCGGUCUCCUCCUUCCUCGCCACCACGCGGCUGUCGGCAGCAGCCCCCGCGUCUGCGGACGACGGCCAAGUGAAAGUUCUCUCGGAGCCAGAGUCCAUGCGCAUGACAUCUGCUCUGCAAAAGCUUCCGUUUUCUCUCCACUCUCUCACCUCGAUUCUCUACACUCUUCGUCUCCCGACUGAGUUCUCUUUCGAACGCAGAGACGCUGGCGACAGCGAGGAAGAGAGGAAGGGAGACCGAGAGAGAGACGAAGAGAGCGACGGAAACAAGGCCGGCGAUAAAGACGAAAUCACAGAAGAAGAGAACACACAAGAUGCAGGAGAAGACGCGGAACGAGGGAAGAGACAUCAAGACAGCUGUGGAGUGGGGAGAAUUGUCCACACAAAAAGCGGGGAGAGAGAACUGGAGAGAAACGUUUCUUCUCUCUGUCUCGCGUCGCCAUCUGUUUCUUCGGAUUCUGCCUCGCCUCUCGUCUGUGCGUUCUCUCCAGCGCCUUUAAAAUCGCUUCUCGCGUUUCCACGUCCUCACAGAGACCCCCGAAGCGUCCUGCGGCUCUCUGGGAAGCGCUCCGAAAACUCUCCGUCUGAUUCCGAGAGACGGACAAGCGGACCUCCCUUUAUGUCUCCGUUCGCGUCUGCCUUCGCGUUUCCGAGUUCGAGUCUCGCCUCAGCGACUGCGCCUUGCGGCCUCGAUGACCCGCGAGGCCUCCUCCAGUCCGUCCAGAAGCUGCAGCGCGCAUUGCCUGCAGACGCCACCUGCUGCAAACUCAGACUGAUGGAGAGCGAAAAACACAACUUGAGGGCCGUCGAAAAGAAGCUUCUGCCCAUCGUUCGCCUGCCUCGGCCGCAUGCGCGACUGCGAAUUCUCUCCGUGGUUCUGACCCUGCGCGAGCGAGAAGACGCCCUUCUGAGUUUCCUUCGUCUGCUGCACUCCGCAUUUGUAGAGCUCCAGAUGAGUCCCGCGCUCGCGCGCUACGUCCACUGUCUGCGCGUUCUCUAUCGCCUGCAGACGCAGGCAGAGACGCCUGAGUACCGGGCGUCGCCCUUUCUCGCUUCGCAGGCCGAGCAAAGCCCCAGGAGUCCGCGAGUCAAGAGAGAGGAAGAGGAGGAAGAAGAGGAAGAAGCGAACCUGAGGCGCAUUCUUCAGACUCUGAGGGAAAUGCAGGACUCACAGAGGCUCUCGCCGCAAGUCCGGACAGUCCUCACCAAACUGAGCUCCUCUCACCUCGCUCUCCUGGAAAGCCUCAACCGCAGUUCCGCGGGAGAGAGCAGCGGAGGGCAAACAGGAGCAGAAGUGAAGGGAGAUGAAGACACGAAGAAAACCGGGGAAACGAGAGGAGACAGGAGAAACCUCUUUGACGGUUUUGCUGAACAUCUUUCGCAUGCUCUCCUUGCUCUCGACGAGUGUGGUUCUGGCGAGGCGUCGCCGUCCUCCGAGUCGACAAUCCGAGAGACCGUGGACCGAGUGUACGAACACCUUGAGCGCUUUGAAGAGGACCGACGGUUCCUCUUUGUCGAACAUCUUCGCUACUUGGAUGCCUACGCUCAGCCCUUCGUUCUGCCAAGACGUUCUUCUUCGACGCCUUUCUCUUCUUCUGUCCAUGUUGCUUCUUCCUCUCCUUCCCCGUCUUCAUCUCCCCUUGCUUCUUCAUGUCCUUCUGUUUCACCAAGCUUGACUUCUUUGCCGCCGUCGCGAGAGAGAACAGCUGGGAAGCGAGAUGAGGAAGAGAAGGAAGCGAGAGAAGCGAGAGAAGCGCGAGAAGCGAGAGAAGCGCGAGAAGCGAUAGAGGAGACAACUGGGAGCAUGCCGAGUCCGAGGCGACCGCAGGAGGCAGCAGUCAACUUAGCGUUCUACUGUCACCUCGCGGAGGAGGCAUGGAGCCGGCUUCACUCGCAUGCAGACGCGGUGGCGGCGGCUGCUCGGUCGCUGCUCGAGCGCGACUGGACGGAGGCUCCUUCAAAGGCCUGUCUCCUUCAAAGGCCCUGCGAAGGAGACAGUCCACGGACGGGCGACGAGGCCGAAGGAGACAGGUGGAGACGGGUGGUGAGCGAGGCGCUCUGCCGCCUGCAAGAGCUCCGGACCUACCUGGGAUGCAUCCGGGAAGCAUGCGAAUUCAUUCAAAGGCACCCUCGAGAGUUGGCAGAAAUCUUUCCGGACUACACUUUCCUUCAAACGCUCUCCUCGAGCUCUCCGGUCUCACCUUUCUCCCUGUCUCCACGCUGCGCCUCUUCUUCCGCUGCGUCCGCGUCUUGCUCUGCCUCCUCUCCGAGCGGAGGACAUGGAAUGUCUUCUUCCUUGUCACGAAAGGGAGACAGAGCUGCUAAGUGUAGGCUACAGUGUGCUCCGUAUUCGUCUUCUUCACCUCAUUCCUCUCGCGCGGACGAGACUGUCGCUGGAAACCGAGAAUCCUGGCUUGUGGGCAGCUCUUCGAGUUCGUCUCGCUUCUCCACUUCUGCCUGUCUGCUUUCUGCGACAAACGCGGAGCGAAGAACGGCGGAAACGUUGAAAAAAACGACACCGCUUGAGUGCACAGAGUGCGACAGAGGCCCCUCGCGCACCUGGGCGGCUGUGGUCGCGGGCCGGGUGUAUGUACACUCGAGGGAAGGCGCGCCGCGUCGCGGUGAAGAACCUGAGAGGGAAGAAGAGCUCGGCUCUGCUGUUUGCCCGUCUCUCGGACGUACGAGCCAAGUGCUGUCGGAGACAGAGAAGGAAACAACGGAGGAAAAAGAGACAGAAGAAGGCAACGAGGAGGGAGAGAAAACAGAUAAAGGAAUCGAGAAGACCGCGAGUGAGGCCGGAGACAAGGGCGACGAAGAAGAGGAACUCAAAGAAGCGAAAGAACAGGAACAGCUUCUCGUUUGGGGUGACAGGAGCGAUCAAGUCGAGUCUUUGAUUCCCCUGUCGACAACAGCGGGGGACGCGGAAGAAGACAAAGUCGAACUCUUCCCCUCCUCCCUUUCUCCGUCCAUUUCCUCUCGCGGCCAGUGCAUGUUGGACGCGGCGCCUCUGCUGGAGCCUACAGUGCCAGGAGACGCCUGUCUCCACCGCCCCGGAGGACCCGAGGAGACGGGACAAAAGGAGACAGCGAGGUUGGGCGGAAUCUCUGGACGGCACCAGGCUGGAGGCGAAGCGCUUGCUCCCGAGGCGAGUCUGGAACUCGACCGCGUCGUCGAUAGGGAAGAAGACAGAGGCGAGAGACGAGAAGCGGGGGUCUUCCUCAGAGGCGACUCUUUAUGUCGACGCACACCGUCUGCUUCGUGGUGCUCAGACAUCUUUCCCUCUGCCGAUCGCGUUGCAUGCACUCUCUCCUCAGUCGAAGAGGAGACGCGUCUCCGCUUUCCGCUGUCUCCGGCCUCUCCCGCUCUAACCGGCCUCACUUCGCUUGCUGUCUCUUGCGGCCUGUCUCCGCCAUGCCCUGAUGAGCAACUUACGCAAGAGCUGAGUGCGAGUCACCCGGUACCCUGCAGUCCAUCCCCGUCCAGUGCGACGCCUGCUCGUCUUCACUUCCCCUUCUCUACUUCUCCCUUCGCAUGCACUUCACCGUCUCCCUCCUCUUCCUCCUCUUGCUCUUCCUCUUCUUCCUCCUCUUGCUCUUCCUCUUCUUCCUCUUCUUCCUCCUCUUCCUCCUCUUGUUCUUCCUCUUCUUCCUCCUCUUCCUCGUCUUGUUCUUCCUCUUGUUCUCCCGGGAGAAGAGAACCGGACUUCGGCGAGACAGGCGUCGCGUUGUUUGUUCGCGAGGAAGAGAGGCGAGACGCGCCAGGUUCGAUUGAUGGAGGAACGCGCGACGACAUGCGCCGUCUGUCGUCGAUUCAGUUGGAGGCAGAGUGGGUCGAUGUAGGUUUCGCGCUGAAGGCGGCUGACGGCGCCUUGGGAGAGGCCGAGAGUGAGAUCAACGGAGAGGAAGCAAAGAGGCAAGCCAGUGGAUUUUCUGAGAAUCUGCGGCAAUCUUUAGCGCGCCUCCAGGAAACGCUUGCAGGCUUCCCGAGACAUGUCUCUCCCGUAGUCAACUCGCCUCCAUCCUCUUCUGAGCCCUGCGCGGCGCCUUCUUCAAAUGCUCUUUCUCCUGGGUCUCCUUCGUCUUCUUCGUCUUCUUCUCUACCGUCUCCUCCUUCAUCUUCUCCUCCAUCUUCUCCUCCAUCGUCUUCAUCCUCGCCUCUCUCUGGCGACAACGUCCGAGGCCAACUGUGCGUUGCGACGGUUCUUCCACGGGUAGACGCCGAGAGCACCCGCUGCAUGCAUUUCGAGGAGACACAGGAGAAACAACCGAGAGAAGAGAGAGAACAAGGAGGCGAACGAGAGAGAGAAGGUGACGAGACGAUGAAUGAAGAAGACGAAAGCUUGCACAGUCGUGAGACGAUGGGGUUGACGGACAUCAGCCGCGACUCGCCUCUUUUGCGCAUGUCUCUCUGCGAAGAGGCGGGAGAGAAGGAAGAAGACGAGGAUCGAGAGGCUGGACUGGAAGAGGAAGCGAUGAGUUUCGAGAAGGAGUUCGUUGCUCCGCCGUCUGUCUCUCUGCCUUCUCCGGGAGGGCGAGACCAGAAAACGAGACGCGGGGACUUCGACAGGGAAGUAUGUGGUGCAGGCGGAGACGCGAGCGGAGAGCGACAACAAUCGGAGACAGCGCAGGGCCUCAACACUCCUCUCGCGUCUCUGUCUGCUUCUCCCCGUUCCGCGGCGGAGACAGUUUUGCUUCCGGACAAAGAAACCGCAGCUCAAUGCCGCCAGCCCCCUCUGCGCGUCGCGCCGACGCGAGCAGAGUCUUCUUCAGAAAUACGGAAAACCGCAUCCACUUACAGACAAUUCAUCUCGCGACGGCAGAACGCCUGCAGUCUAAGUUCUCUAUCGGCCGUCUCUUCUUCUGUCUCUUCUCAUGUGCGUGGAUCUGCGUCAUCGCGAGGCCAUUCGCCUGCCAGGCCUCUCAGGGGGGCGCCUGCUGCGUUCGAAGUCUCUUCGCUCGCGUCUUCGAGCGUCCGUGGGCGACGCGUUGGACUGCGGCCGGAGACGCGGCGGUGGAGCGUCGCUUCUUCAGCGGCUUCGUGUCUCUCGUCUGUCUCCGACUGUCCCCGGCAGACCCUCUCACGGAAGCCGCGCUCGUUCUCGGACGCAUGCGCGGCCAACGUCCCGAGUCUGUCGCUCUCUUCUCUCUCGCGGUUCGCUGCGGCCUCGCCACCCGUUAGUCCACUUCGUGAGCACGGGGGAGCCGAGGCGACAAGAACGCCCUUCGGGAGUUCUCGCGCGUCGGGACUGGACUCUCUGGCGCAGCGCCUGCUGCCUGCGCGGUCGCUCACGCUCGCGUUUUCUGCCUUUUCGGCGAGACGAGGCGGAGGCUCCCAGACCGGCGUCGGAGCGGAAACGCUUUCCGACAACGUUGGGCGGCCUGGGACAGAGCUCCACGCCGAAGAGGCGAGGCAGGGAAGGCGACAAAGCAGGCUUCGUGGGUGGGUGAGAGAGGGCACUGGGAGUCUGGCAACUGAGAGCGACGCGAAGAGAGCAGGAACUCCAGAGAAAACGAGCGCGCCAGUGGUUUCGGCAAAAAACGCGGCGCCGAGUGUCCAGACCUCGCGAGAGAAGCACAAGGUUGCAAGAGGACGGAUUUGCCUCGUCGUCCCCUCUCAGGGUACAGGCGAAGAGCAGCCGGAAGUUGCAGUCCACAACGGCAAAGGCAGACAGGGGAAGCAGCCUGGCGCGCAGGGAGUGUGUGAAGGCGCGUGGAAGCCGAAGGUCGCUGGAACGAAGCGAGGCGUCGAGAAGAAGUCAGAGAAGACGGACGCACAGACGAACGCCGUGAGAAGACGGAGCGACGGACGAGAAGGAGACGCUGAGCGAGGCGCGCAGCGAGCCACCGCGGCGACGGGCAUUGUGGUAUCUCUGAAAGAAAGGAAAGUCCUGCGAACGGGGACGCAGAGUUUCCGAAAAACUGAAGAGGCCCACGGGAAGAGCACCGCCACCGCAAAGGACGCUGACAGAAACGCGCAGUGGAGGAUGAGAGAGGGGCACAACUGUACUGGAAAAAAAGGAACAGCAGACGAGGUGGAACCAGAGCACCAGUCAGAAAAAGGGUAUGUUCUCGCCAAAUCCUCGUCUCAAAACUCGCCAAACGCAACUGCCCUCCCCGGAGGACAUCCGCCUGAGAGUCCAGGUGGGCAUUCACCCCACGAGAGGGCCUUAGAGGUACUUCUUCCGCUCCUUGCCCGGCCGCUUUUUUCUCCGGGAUCUCCAGCAGCGUCCGGCCAGCUGAACGCCUCGUCGAGUGCGUCUGAUUCGCCUCUCUGUGAGCAGCCGUCAUCUGCUUCGCCUCUCUGUGAGCAGCCGUCGUCUGCUUCGCCUCUGCGUUUUUCUCCCAGAAUGCUGCACACAUUCUCGCCCUUCGCUUCGUCUCUGUUCGGUCCUUUACUGGCGUCUCGCUCCCGCCAGUUCGAAGAGCGCGACGAGGCGCCCAGGAAGCGCGAGGACGAAGCAGACAUCCAGCGCGUCAGUACAGCUGCAUGUGCAGAUCAGCCUCCGGUCCCGGAGGUCCAGUGUUUCCGCCUUCCAGACGACGAGCCAGACGGCGGCUCCGUCCUGUCGUCACCCAAGUUUCUUCUGCACAGCGAAGAAGAAGAAGAGCACCGCGAGGGCGCCAGCGACGCGAGAAAGUUGAGUGCCUUCUCCCCCGCCUUGUCCAGAGACUCUGACGCUUCCCUCGACGCUCGCGACUCGAUGGACCGAGACGAAGGUCCCGGCGGCUACGAUUUCUAGUUCCCUUUGACGCGCGUUUCCUUUCUGCGUCGCUGACUUCGUCGCCGAAAAAUCCCAAAACGUCAACGAAGCGGCCUCUGCUCAGAGCCCACACACGUCGCCCGCGCUUCUGCCGCGUCGACAUCUCCGUCUCUGCCUCAUGUGAGGCCAGGCAACCAAAAUGGACGAACAUGUCUAGGUUCUCGCUUUCUCCUUUGCUUCUCGACAUGCUUGCGUGCAAUCGUGGAUCCUUACUCUUUGGCUGCUGCAGCGGUCGGGCGCACAUAUAUAUAUAUAUAUAUAUAUAUAUAUAUAUACAUAUAUAUAUAUAUAUAUACAUAUAUAUAUAUAUAUGUUGUACGUAGUUUAUACAGUAUAUACAUAUAACGAUAUGUAUGCAUAUGUAUGUGUAUCAUGUAUUUACAAGUAGAUGUAGAGUUCUUUUGGGAUGCAAGUGCUGAGUCUUUGACAAAAGACGCUGUGAGGGACGAGAGAGAGUGUGCGUCGCUGCGUUUGUUCUUCUCACUGAAUGCCGUCGC